GCGGUUUUACUCGAGGGUCCUCCGCAGUUCAAAAUCCUCACCUCGUCGCACAGGACGUUCCACCCAAAACUUAUUUUAUAUCGCCCACUUACUGCAACCCCAUUAUUGGACCCCCCCAAUAUUGGCCAACCGAUCAAAGGCUCCCUUUAAUCUCUCACAACUUCGAUUAAUCGUCAGGAAGAACAUCCACUAAGUGGACUUCUAUCAAAAGUGACUUCGAACAAGUAGAUUUCUAUCAAAGUGACUACUAUCAAGGUGACUUCUAUCAAGUAGAGUUCUACCAAGUAGACUUCUAUCAAGAGAACUCCUAUCGAAUAGACUUCUAUCAAGAGGACUCCUAUCGAGUAGACUUCUAUCAAAAGGACUCCUAAUAUCUAUAUUGGAUUCAUAUCAGAACCUUCAGCAUAACUUUUCCCAUUGAAGAGGAAACUUUCGGCAACGAGGGAACUUCAUCUCAUGUCAUAGGGGAACUCUUCAUUUUUAGAAGACGUCUCCGAAUCGUUAAUUCAGCUCACAGUGGCGGGACAACUCCUACCAAAAAAAAAAACCAUCUCGUCUUGCAAUUUUGUCUUCUUUGGAAUACAACUCUUUUACAAAAGAAACAAUUCUCUGUAAUUUCGGAAAUAAGGAACAGUUUUUGUUAAUACAGGAAAUAAGGAAUACCGAAAAAUAAAGAACAGUUCUUUUUAAUACUAGAAAUUAGCAACAGUUUUGAUUAAUACAAGAAAUUUUCUUUUUACAAAAAGACUAAUUCUCUAUAAUUCAAGAAGUAAGGAACAGUUUUUGUUAAUACAAAAAAUAAGAAACAAUUCAGCAAUUUUGAAACAAAAAUUAGAACAAUUGCUGUAAAACAAGUUGUGCGUGUGUGAGUGGAACUUUUAUUGGCAGAUGAUCUAUGAAACAGGAUUAACUUCUCUAGAAAAGGAUCUAGUUCUCUUGGAAAGUGAUUCUUUUAAAAAGGGAUUUCUGCUUUUAGAAACGGAUCAUCCUUGACCCUUCCUUUCUUGCUUUCAGUUGACAAAAGAGCCAACUUUUUCUUAUAAAAAGGAGAAUAAAAGGAAUUAAAGAAAAGGAUAUCAAUUUCGUGUGUAGAAAAAUUUGAUCUAAAAAAAUACUUCUAUUAAAAGCCUUAUCUAAGCCAACCGUAAAAAAACAUUUCUUUAUCAAAGAAAAGAAAUCAGAGCAGGACUUCUUCUAUCAUUUUAUUAGGAAAUAAAUCAAGUUAAUUUUUUACAAGUUCUUCAACAAUCUUUUUCGUUUUUUUUCAAUUUUGAAAUAACAUUCGGAUAAAACAAUUCACAACAAACAACAACUUUAGAAAUAAAAAUUUUCAAAGCAAACCUUAAUUUCUAUUGCAUUCCAGUUUCCUACUGAUUUGGAACAUUAAACUAAUUUCACUAUUUAAUUAAAUAUUAUAUAUUAACUAAACAUUAAAUUAAUAAAUAUUAAUUUAAAUUUUGAAUUAUUAUAAAUCACGUAAGGACACGUCGCGUGUUUUUUGAGAAACGAGACUUUAAGUGGAAAUUGAGAUAUAUAUAUAUACAGAGAGAAACAUACCAACCACCUGUUGUGUGUGCAUCAGUCCAAAUACACGGGAUCAUGAAUCGUCUGAUUGAUAUCAAUGUCCAAACAUCUUAACCGGUCACAUCCUCUUCCGUAUGGAAAAAUGAAGCAACAUUGGAGAAAUUAAUCGUUCUGUUUAGACUAUUUUAAUUUUUUUUUUUUUUUCAUCUGAAUGAAUUAAGUGUCUAUUGAUAUAUAUAUAUAAUAUUGACGAGUGAUUUUUAAAUAUUAUGUUUGAAAAAUUUGUUUUUUUCUUCUAAUAAAAAGAAAGUGUAAACCAUGCAAGAAUUAGUGUUGUUUUCUAAUUGGGAUCUAGAGCAAAAAUAGAAGUGCUUCAAAAAUUUUACUGGGUUUUCUAUUUGGAUGAAUAAUAGUGGAUUUAUUAUAGGAUAUCAAUUUUUUUUUGUUUUGUUAAAAGUGUGACUUCAUUGUAAAUUUUCAGUGAAUUAAAAAAAAAAAAAAGAAAAAAAAUUCUGUCGACAUUAUAGUGGCCGAUUGGAAUAUGACGGAAGACUGAUUAAAUCCGGGAAUUAUUAUUUUCAAACUGGGAUCAGGAUGCGGUGGAUCGGUUACGUGGCCACAAUUCUCUGGUGGUCAGGCAUCGCCAGGUCCCUCAGCUCACUUAAUCGAGGUCACAGUUAUAAAAUCAGCCCAAAACCAUGCCGCGUAGCAAACAUGUUGGGCACAGAGGGCACCUGUAUGUUCGUGUGGGAGUGUAUCAAGUCAGAGGGUACACACGUGGGAGUGUGUGUGGACACAUUUAUGUUCGGUAGUUGUUGCGUUCAUAAUGCAACGAGUAAUAGCAUAAGUUCUCACAAUCCAUCCACAUCAUCAAACACAUUGAGGCCGACCUUGGCCGAGGCCCUGUCGAGUGAAUCGACGAGGUUGACGUUGACGUCUCUCUCAAUUUUGUCACAUCCAUCAUCCAGCACAACAUUGCGACCCCAGAGUCAAUUUCAAGGUUCGCAAAAGCAAGAUGUUAGUUCCACUAGUCAGUUAUUAGGUUCAAAGAAUCAUGGCGUAAGCUCAACAAGUCAUUAUAAUCAUCAUAAUCAACAACACACAUUGGGAACAUCGAAACCAAGUUUCAAUUCGACAAGACCUUUUAAACCGAUAUCAGUUAAUUCAAGUCGACCUUUGCAAAAAAGGCCGCAUGCUAAGCCAACUUCUGAUCAAGAAGAUAGGCUUCAAACAUCCAUUAUUCCUGGCCAAGUGUCAGGAUAUUGGGAAAAAAAUUCACAGGACAGUUCGAGACGUCCACAGGGUAAUAAUCAUCAUCAUCAUCAUCAUUCACAUCAUCAUCAAAUGAUGAUGAAAACCAGGCCUGAGUCUGCGGAACAUCGACCUGGUACUGGUCAGCAAUCAUCCAAUGAUCAUCAUGUGCUUCAAGAUAAAAUUGACAAUAAACAUAGCACUUUAUUGAUAAGACUACCAAACAAAAAUCAGGGUUCAAUAAAAGGUCAGGAGCUUAGGCCACUCAGUCAGAGACCUUCAGAAUCGAGGCCCGAUGACAGCAAAACCGUUGAAUCUGAUCUCGCUGUCCAAGAGACGAUCCAUAGGCCAAGCAUCAAUUCCCUAGAUGAUAAAGAUAAUGUGAAUAGUUCGCACCUUAGUUUAAAUUUUAUCCACACUGAACCGCCGCAAUGGGCGACAAAACCGGCAACCUCCAAUAAGCCUUCUGUAGAUUAUUCAAAGCCAUAUUUUUCUGUAAAAACGUCAACUCACCGACCAACACUAAUGAAUGGAGGAAUGGACGAUAGACCCAAUUUUCUAUCAAAGCCUGAAAGUCAAAAUAAACCCAAUAAAUCCUCAACGACUUCAAAGCCAACAUAUUAUAGCAGUCAAUCAACCAGCGCAGCCGGAUCUGUACCACAAACAGCACACUGGCAAGUAACCACCGAACCUGCAUUUAUAACAAAAAACCAAAAGCCAUCGUCCAUCAAACCAAUCACAACAAUAUUUGAAGCAACACGACCUGGUGGUUCAAGCUCUUAUUUUUGGUCUGACAGUAGUUGGACACCACCGAGACCAUCCAUGAAGCCACACUGGACAGAUCAUCCAAAUUUGAUGCAAAAUGGUCCUGAGAAUUUUCCCCAAAAACCAAGUUUCAAACCAACAGAAAUGCAAGAGAGCGAUUAUCAUAAUAAGCCUUUUGGUGCAGCACAUUUUAUUACAACAUCCUACAAUGAAACACCGACAAAACCGCGUCCUACGAAAAAAACAACUACGACUACCACCACAACCACAACAACGACGACAACCACAACUCAAAGACCUUCAACGACGACUUCGUCAACGACCACAUUAGAAAAACUUCCGGAAACACCUAUAAGAACCGGAUCUGUUUUGACUAUACCGGCAGCAUCCGAAAGUCGAGAUAUGCAAUGUGGUAUACCGCCUCUAUUUCCAAGACCGGAAACGCGAAUUGUUGGCGGAAAAGACGCUGCAUUUGGAAGAUGGCCCUGGCAAGUUUCGGUAAGAAGAACCUCGUUUUUUGGAUUCUCCAGUACACAUCGUUGUGGAGGUGCUGUUCUCAAUGAAAAUUGGAUUGCCACUGCUGGACAUUGUGUUGACGAUUUACUAAUAUCCCAAAUUCGAAUUCGAGUGGGAGAAUACGAUUUUUCAUCUGUCCAAGAACGACUUCCAUAUGUGGAACGAAGUAUAAGUAAAAAAGUCGUGCAUCCAAAAUACAAUUUCUUCACAUUUGAAUAUGACCUUGCACUAGUAAGACUCGAGAGUCCAUUAACCUUUGCUGCACAUAUUUCUCCGAUUUGUUUACCUGCCGCUGAUGAAUUACUAAUUGGAGAAAAUGCCACUGUUACGGGAUGGGGAAGACUUAGCGAAGGUGGAACUUUACCCUCAGUCUUACAAGAGGUGUCUGUUCCAAUUGUUAGUAACGAUAGAUGUAAAUCAAUGUUUCUUAAAGCUGGAAGACACGAAUUUAUACCUGACAUUUUCCUGUGUGCCGGAUACGAAACAGGAGGUCAAGAUUCGUGUCAAGGCGAUUCUGGAGGUCCUUUGCAAGUUCGAGGAAAGGAUGGUCGCUACUUCCUCGCUGGCAUUAUUUCCUGGGGAAUUGGAUGCGCAGAAGCCAAUUUACCCGGUGUUUGCACUAGGAUCUCGAAAUUCGUUCCAUGGAUUAUUGCCAAUGUUGGCUGAUCAUUUUCGAUCAUUAUACAUUUACUGACAAUCAUCAAAUAUCAAACUUUUUCAUAGAAUUUCACUGACCCUAAAAAUAAUCACGUAAAUUUAUUUGCACAUUUUUUUAAAAUUUUUUCAAAUUACAUUUCACUAAAAAAAAAUUCGCUAAGAAAGAAUUGAUAACAAAUUUUAUUAAUUCAUUUUUCAAAUUUACCUGGUGGUAAAGAAAUGAAUAUCAAUUUUCUUAAUCCUCUUUUCAAUUUAGCUACGGGAAAAGAAGUGAAUUUUCUUAAUGCAUUUUUUUCAAUUUAAUUGUUAAUUAAAAAUUGAAUUUUUAAAAACAAUUUUUCAUUGUAUUUUUUUAUAAUUUUUAUUUUCAAAUUUUCUUUAUAAUACUUUUUUGGAUAUAGUUCCGAAUAGCACAUACCUCCAAAAUAGUAAACACGGCCUUCGGCCGCGUAAGGUACUGCUCGCUUCUCUUUUUAAGAAAUCUUGGGGAGAGGGGGUGGAUGUGUCCGAAAGUAAUUUGCAGAAAUUGUGGGGUGGAGUCUACAGCAGCGGUAAACGCAAAAUAGUAAACACGGCCUUCGGCCGCGUAAGGUACUGCUCGCUUUUCUUUUUAAAAAAACCUUGGCGAGAGGGGGUGGAUAUGGCCGAAAGUAUUUUCGUCUAAAAAUUUUUUUGAAAUUUUGUGUUUUUUAAGAAUAAAACGCAAAAAACCAUGAUUUUAUGGUGUUUUUUAUGGUUUUUACCAUGAUAAUUAAAUUUCCGCCAAUUUUCACUAUGAUUUUCGUAAUCAGCGCACCAAAUUACGUAGGGAUACCAAGUUUUAUCGAAAUCAGAGGUAUGUGCUAUUCGGAACUGCACCCACUUUUUUUUACAACUCCCAUUGAAAUUAUACAAAAAAUGGUAUAAUCAAUUUUUGUUGAUCGAGACAAAUUUCGCGAACAAACGACACGACUGAUGAAAAUACAUUGUCGAUUAUUAUUAUUAUUUUUUUUUUUAAUUUUACAUAACACGAUAUUAGAAUAAUACCGAUUUUUGUUUAAUUCGCUUUAGUUGAGAUCAUAUAAAAUAUUGCAUUGCUCAAUAAUAAUAUUGAUGCGAAAAUGGUCGAUUAUUGAAUGAACGUUUAAGAUCAUAACGAUACGUUUUUUUUUAUAGGCAUAUGACGCUGAUGAAUAUCACUGUAAAUAUAUAUUAGCUUUACUUUUUUAAAUUAAUUAAUAAUAAACACUUCAAGUGAUUCAAUUGUUUAUAAAUUUUCGUGAUUGUACAAUUUUAAAUCAUUUUUUUUAUCACAGUUCAUUGUCAAAAAAGCUGUCUGUAAAAAAAAAUAAUUAGAACAAAAUUAAUUAACUUGGUAGUUAAAUGGUGAACAAAUUUGAACAAUUUGAAAAAAACAAUUGUUCAUAUUUAAAAAUUCGUUAGAAAAGUUAUUAAUUUUCAAAACUUUUUUCCCCCAAUUAAGAAAAAUUUCUUUAUAAUUAUGAUUAUUAUCAAAAAAUUUUUUCAAGAAAAUAUAAAAUGAAAAUAAUAUGUAUUAUCGGGAUAAUAUUUCCUUUUUUGAAAAUAUUCAACGAAAAAUGAGUUUAACAGAAUUUUUUUUUUUGAAAAAUUGAAAUAAGAUCACGAAACUGAUUGAUCUGUGCCAAGACGUAUCUAAUUCGAGGCGCAGAAAUGUAUUUAUAUAUUAUACAUAUAAAUACGUAUAAAAUAAAUAAAUAAUAUAUUCGCAUAGCGUUUACUAUUUAGGUGAAAUGAAAUAAGAAAGUCCUCUCUUGUGACUUGCAUAAAAAUCUCCUUUAAAUGUACAGAAUUAGAAUUUUAAAUUUCUGAUAACAUCUUUCCAUGAAAAGAAAAUAUUUUUUCUUCUUUUUUAUCCUAUUUAUUUACUUUUUAUUUUUAUAGAAUUAAUUUUUUUUUUGUUAUUUAAUUUUUAUCAUUUUUUUUUUUAUACUUUUGUUACUUUUGUGAUAUUUUAAUUUUUUUAGAAUUAAUUUUUCUUUACUUUUCUUUAUUUGUUGUUUUUUUUUAAUAAAUUUUUUUAGCUGGCGCGUUAAAUUUAAAUUAAAAUUCAAUAAUAGUUUUUUAUCGGUGAAUUUAAAAUUCUUUAUACUGUCCAGCAAUAAGUUUUGUAAAUGCUAAAAUCUUGCCCUGAGACAUAAUAUCCGUUUUUAUGUCAUUGUUGUGGAUAAUUUUUUCAAUUUCUCUCAUCUCAUCGAGAAUCUCCGAAGACGCAGAAUUGAUUCGUAGUUUGCGAUUUUAUAAUUAUUCUUCUUUUAUGUUAUCAUAUAUUUUUUUUUUUUUAUUUGCACGAAUUUUGUACAGAGCACAAUAAUGUAUAUGUGCAGUUGACAUAUAGAGACUCUUACUUUUAUAAAUAUAAUUAUAAAUAUAUAUAUAUAUAUAAUAAUUGUUUAUAGAUAAUAGCCUUAUUAUUUAUAAUUAUUGUGAAAUAAAUACAAAUUUAUUACUUUUCAAA